UAAUUUCUCUUAUGCGUGUAUGUGCAAAUGGAUAUUUAAUGCUUGAUUUGUGAUUAUUGGCAAUUUAUACAUAUGGUUUAAUAUUAAAGUUUGAUGGAAACCUAUUGUAUAUUCUAUUUACACCUAUUACUUCUGAAGAAAUGUCUAAUUUUACUUGACCUUAUUACUAUGCAUAAUAAACUCUCAAAGCAAAAUGGAGCAUACAGUAGUAAUCUGAUAAAAGUGUGAACUUUUAUAAAUAUUACAAUGUUUUUUGGUAUGCUAUCAAUAAACUCUAAAUAAUGUGCAGUUGAGUCAUUAAUAAACAAUUGGGUAAAGCUAGGUGGAGUUCAGAAUGUGAGACAAUCAUAUCCAUAAUCCUUAUCAGUUUGAGUAAUUAGCUUAAAUUUCAGUUAAUUAAAAAAGAUUAAAAUUGAUUAUGAUGCAUAUGUGGUUUUGGUUUGGAAGCAAUUUGGGUGAUUUUCUUUUACCAGGAUACAAUGUUGUCACAACUUCAAGUUUCUUUUGCACUUGUUUAGGUUUAACUGCACUUGCAAUAUUAUAUGAAGGUAUGAAAAUCUUACAAAUUAAAUUACUGCAAAAUGCUACGAUGCUUAUACGAAAACAAACACCCAGAACAUCAGAGAAUUCUUCCUUACUGUCUAAAAUGUCUUCAAAGUCUAUUGGGACACAAUUUUCUUUACACUGCAUAUAUUGGUCUACAUGGAGUUUUCAAGUGUUACAUUGGUCUGUACAUACAUUUCUUGGCUAUCUCUUAAUGUUGGCAGUUAUGACAUACAACGUGUAUAUUAAUAUUGCUCUUGUGUUGGGAGGAUGUCUUGGAUAUUGGAUAUUUGGCCCUAAGCUUAUAGAACUCAAUUUGAAAGAAUUUUAUAAAAGGCAAAAUAUAUUAGACUGUGAUAAAGAAUGUGCAGAUAAUGCAAUAAACUAUGAGGGACAAGGAUCAACAGUUUCUGUUGUUACAGAACAAUUAAUAACAGAGGCUACUAUUGAGGUCCACAUGCCAGUUGAUGUUUAAAUUAAACAAAAAUUUAUUGAAAUAACAUUUUAUUGGUUUAUGUACAUAUCUAUAAACUAUUUUAUACAAUGUAUAUGUAUAUUGUAUAUAACUAAAUGAAUACCUUUGACAAAAAACAAGGCAACUAUAAACUAUCAAAGAUAAUAUAUAUAUUUAUAUAUAUUAUUUAAAAACAUAAUAGAGUUUUACAAAUUAGAAUCACAAAAACAAAAUGUACCAGUUCAUAGUAUCUGUUAACGAAUUUUAGCUAUGUAUAAAGAAUAUAAUGUCACAGUCUUCUUGUAUUCUCCAGAUCUCCAGGAAUAAAAAUCAUCUUAAAGCUUA